AAAAAAAAAGAACGGAAGAAGAAAGAAAAGAAAUCAGCAUCAUAGCGGCAGCGAAUUAAACAAAAUUUGGACAUAUGGGCCCACUUCUUUAGAAUAGACACAACUAAGGUGUCAUUUCUCUUCGUAAUAGAGAACCUCCUUACACAUGUCAUGUAGAAUCAUAUUUAUAUAUGGUUGAAUGAGUAUCAAAUAUAACGAAACAAUUAAAAAACAAAAUUUUGUUUUUUUGUUUAGGUAUGGUUUCAGAACCGUCGAGCAAAAGCUCGUAAACAUUCACAUAAUUCAUCACCAUUGAAUAGUUUAUCUAUAUCAUCAUCUGCUCGAUUAACAUCCAAAGUAUUUUCAACAAAUCCAACAUCAUCAUCAUCAUUUCAUCAAAUGUUCAAUAGUCGAGGAAAUGCAUCGACAUCAUCUCCAACUAGUAUUAUGAUGGCAACAGAUCCAGCUACUAGUGCUGCUGCCGCUGCAGCUGUUUUCUAUUCACCAUUUCCACCACCACCAUCAUCAUGUGAUUUUAAUGUUCGUUCAACUCUUGAUAAUACAAUGUCAUUUCAUUCUCAAUAUCCACAACAACAUCAACAUGCCGAAGAUGAAUAUACACGAAAUAUGCGUAUGCAUAAUUUAUCCUCAAGUUUAAUUAGUCAUCAUCCAAAUCCAUAUCACCAUGGAUAA